UAUAUCAUCUCCCUUCUCCUUCUCUCAUCUCUGAAAUCGAUCCAGUAACACCUUCCGAGGCAUAUAUCGAUCGAUCCCUCAUGGCUGCCUCUGCCGUCCCUGCUCUCACUAGUAAUGGUUUCACACCAGCCACAACCAGAGUGCUGGAGUGGCCAGAACCAGUUCAGAGGGUUCAAGAGCUGGCGGAGAGUGGAAUCAAAUCGUUGCCGCCCCGAUACAUAAAACCGGAAGAAGAACGAAAACCCACGUAUGAAACGGUAAGCAAGGCUGAGUUGCCCCCCGUGGUGGACUUAUCGGGCAUAGAAGAAGGCGACGUGCAACAGUUGUCUGUGUUGUCUUGUGCAUGCAGAGAAUGGGGCGUGUUCCAGGUGGGGAACCAUGGCAUCCCAAGCGAGCGACUCAAAUCGGUGAUGAGGGUUUCAAGAGGCUUCUUCGACCUGCCCAUGGCGGAGAAGCUCAAGUACGCCAACAACCCUGUGACCUAUGAAGGAUAUGGAAGCCGGCUGGGCGUGCAGAAGGGCAUCCCCUUGGAUUGGAACGACUACUACUUCCACCUCCUCCGCCCCAUCUCCGCUACCAACGGCCAACAGAAGUGGCCUCGGCAGCCCACUGAAUACAGGAGGGUGAUCAGUGAGUACGGGGAGAUGGUGAUGGGGUUGUGCAAGAGGUUGUUGUCGAUAUUCUCACGCGACCUGAAGCUGGAAGAGGAAGGGAGUCUGUUGGAGAGACUGGGAGGAGAGAGUGGGUUGGAAGCGUCGUAUCGAAUGAACUACUAUCCCAAGUGCCCACAACCGGAAUUGGCACUGGGUCUGUCACCCCACACCGACCCCGGAGCCAUGACAGUGUUGUUGCAGGAUGUGCCGGGGUUGCAGGUGCAAAGGGAUGGGCUGUGGUUCUCGGUUCCUCCCGUUGAAGGUGCGUUGGUGGUCAUUCUCGGCGAUCAACUCGAGAUAGUUUCGAACGGGAUCUACAACAGUGUAAAUCACCGGACGACAGUGAACAGAGAGAAGGAGAGGAUGUCAAUGGUUGUGUUCGUUAACCCGUUGGCAGACAAGAAGAUCGGACCCCUGGAAACGUUGGUGAAAAGGAGCUCCGGUUUUCCCUUGUACCAGGAAAUGUCCUUCAACGAAUAUCGCAAGUUCAUCAGAACCCUGGGUAUUCAAGGGAAGGCCAUUCUGGCUUCCAUAGCCAACGCCAAUCCUCAAAACAUUUAAGUUGUAUUUUAAAGGGUUAAAUUGCUCCUACACCAUUACUUAUUCUGUCUAUCAAAAUGAAGAAGAAAUUCUAUUGUGUGGGGCCUGUGGGCUUGUGGCAGUAUGAUUAAUAUAGCCUUUGUUUUCUAGUCUUGGCAGCACACUAAUAAUGUCUGUAGAAAAAGCUUGGUUGACUAUGAAAUGAA